AUGGGUAAGACGGUGUUCUGUUUAGAAUGGUCAGUUCUUGAUAAAUGGUGUUGGAUGAUGGAAAUGUACAUGCGAACUGUAGAACGUCCAUCUUUUGAUUGGCGUUUCAAAGGAGCUAUGGCAUUUCACAAUGAGUUUGCAGCUAACGGUAUUCAGUACAUAGGUUCGCUAACCCCUGAAAUUCUGAUCGAAUUGACAUCUGUUUACGGCGAGACGGAAGCAGAGUCUCAAGAAAUAAAGGUGAUAACUUCAAAUGAAAUCCGUCCACGAAAAAGAGGACGUCCGCGAGGGUCGUUAUCAACAACGUUAGCGCAAGCCCUUUCAGGAAUGUUGAAUUGUGAAAACAGUAAGGGAGUUACUUUUCCUAUAGCUUCUGGCGCUAUAGUGCAGGGAAAUUCCGCUUUCCGAAACAAGUCCCAAAAAUUAGACACUUCAUCGAUUGCCGUCAACGGAACUGUUGAUGAAAAUGCUGGAAUCCAAUGGACAGCAGAGACUGUGAACAAGUUAAUUGAGUAUGUAAAGGAGAUCCCGGUUCUGUGGCAUUCUGACCAUCCACAACAUUGUAACCCUGUGAUACAGAAACAGUUCUUCUCAGAAAUUGCAGGGAAACUCAAUGGUAUCUGCGGUGAAACUUCUGUCAGCGCGGAGGAAGUUUCUGAAAAAUGGGCAUCUCUUCGAGACAACUUUGAUCUUUUAACCAAAGCAAAACCCGAAGAAUGCAGUAACUGGGAAUAUUACCAAAGAUUGUUGUUUCUUUCACCUGAAGUUAUACGCGCAUGCAGAUUGGAUCGCGUGUCCCAAGAGAAGGAAGGGGUACCAUCCAGUUCUAGUAGUGUUCCAAUCGAUGUACAAUCUGAAAUCUAUAAAAUCCUUGGAUUUCUUCCAUCGCCGGUCAAAGACAAAAAUGCGGAGGUAAUUCUGAGCAAGAAACCCAGACUCACUCAUAGUUCUGGCUCAACAAAUUCUGUGAAAACUCACAUCGAGUUGGAUUCCACUCCGCAUGUUCAACAAGUCGUAUCGACAUGGGUUCCGCCUCGAGAAGAUUCAUGUGAAACUGCCUUACAGCCCCCUUCAACUCCUCCAACAGCAACGGCUCAAGUUACUGUGAAGAGCGAGAUCGAUCACAUUCUACAAAAUUCUCUACCCCGGAUAAGCUUGAACAACACGGAACCCGGGUUCGGAGAUCUGCUUCAGCCUCCCGUACGCCCUUUUGAAGAUAAAUGGACACUGAUGGGUAAGCUGAUAAUAGUUGUACACAUUAUAGGGAGUUAAAG